UCGCCUCCUGACGGCCGAUGACAGCCGCCGACGCACUGACAACAAACCGCGCCACCAACAAUACGCCGCCCGACCACUAGCAAGGUCUCGCACCACUCUCCCGGCUAGUGCGCGCCACAAAACAAAAGAAACCUGUGUCAUGUGAAAGUGUCGGUGCUGGCUUGCAGUUUUUCUGGCGGCUGUUCAGGUUCAGGAGAAGUCUACGGGCUUAUGUAAUAUGAUUCACAAAAGAGGACUUGAAAAACUAAACCGAAUAUUACUUUACAUACUGCACUGUAAAUUUUAAUCAAGCAAUGACUGUGAUGGGAAGUUAGAUGUAGAAGUGACGUAUCGAUGGGAGCCGCAUGGAGUCGCGCGCGCAGAUGAGUCCGCUGCCCACCAAGCACCAGCGGCCCGAGGCUACCUACAGGAGCUGCUCCCAGUCACUGCCUCUUGACAUUCUAUGGUUGCCUCGUUCCUCGUUCCGGCCGGCAGAGGGCGAGUUGGCGGACUGCGUGCUGGUGGUGGGAGUGUCGCGGCCGAAGCUCGCCGCGGCCCUCCUGUCAGUCACGCUGCUGUCACUCUUCCUCACCUUCCACGUGCUCUAUGACAGCGCACUCUAUAGCAUACAGGCGGCCAGCAUGGCGUCUGCGGCGAAUGAGAACCGCAAGUUGCUGCAGAACCAAGAAGCGAACAGCAGGACCAUCAACCACCCCAUGGCGCUGCGCAAGCGACUGCGCCCGCCAAGGCAGCCCCGCCCCGCGAGGAGACUCCCGCAGGCUUUGAUCAUCGGAGUACGGAAGUGUGGAACCAGGGCGCUGCUAGAGAUGUUAUACCUCCACCCUAUGGUGCAGAAGGCAUCAGGGGAAGUCCACUUCUUCGACAGGGAUGAGAACUAUGCGCUGGGCCUGGAGUGGUAUAGGAGCAAAAUGCCGAUGUCUUUCAAGGGGCAGAUCACGAUAGAGAAGAGUCCUAGUUACUUCGUUACACCUGAAGUCCCCGAGCGAGUCCGAGCCAUGAACUCGUCGGUGCGUCUCCUCCUCAUAGUCCGGGAGCCGGUGACGCGAGCCAUCUCGGACUACACUCAGUUAAGGAGCCGCGCCACGCCGUCGGCGCCCGCGCACCCGCUGCUGCCCGGCCAUCCCGUGCCCGACGCGGCCAAGCCGUUCGAACAUCUAGCUAUCUCGCCCGACGGAUCUAUCAAUGUUGCUUACAGACCAAUAGCGAUAUCCCUGUACCACGCGUACCUCCACCGAUGGCUCGAGGUUUUUCCCCGAGAACAGAUUCUGGUGGUGAAUGGAGACCUGCUUAUCGAAGACCCUGUACCGCAGCUGCGACGCAUCGAGAAGUUCUUGGGCCUGGAACACAAAAUUGGAAGAAAAAACUUCUACUUCAACGAAACGAAAGGGUUCUACUGCUUGCGUAACGACACCACGGACAAAUGCCUCCGUGAAACCAAGGGACGGAAGCACCCUCGCGUAGACCCAGCGGUGGUCACCAAACUCCGCAAGUUCUUUAUCCAGCACAACCAAAGGUUUUACGAUCUAGUAGGAGAAGACCUCGGCUGGCCAGAGGACUGAAUAUAAAACAAACGAUUAAAGACCCAGAAGCAAAGCGAAUAAAAUCCAUUUCGAAUUUACCAACUUGACUACUUUUUAAUUUCAUGCCGAAGGCAAUGCAACUUCGUAUUUAUGGCCAGUACUCUGCAACAAAGAUCGCAUUUUAUUAUUGAUUCUCACAAAAACAAAUGAACAAUCGAAUUUAAAUUUUAAAAUAGGAACACAGAUUUAAACCUGGCAUAAAUUGGAUUGAAUCGUUCGCUAAGCUUCUAGGUAUUUGAAUUCGUUGGUAAUGCCGCAUUUUGCGCAUCCCAGGUGCAUGCACCAUGUUGUGAUCUAAUACAUAUCAAAGUAAUUUACACAUAUCAAUAAAACAUAUCGUAGCUAGUAAGUUUUUUAAAUCGUUUAUGUAUACAUGUAGCAUAUACUUAGUAUAGGGCAUCUGGAAUAAAUUUAUUUAUAGCUAAUUCAUCGUACCUACUCAAGUAGGAAUUGUUUUCGAUAUUAAAACAUUACAUUGCGUUGUAUAAAGCGUUACACUUUAUUUAGGUUGCCUACCUGUGUGAAAGAAAAGAGGGAACAACUGAAAAUUUAUGAAAGAUAAAGAUUUAGAAAUUUGUUUAAUGGUAGGCAAAGAUUAUUGUUGUUUUCAAGUUAUCAUGAUAGUGUUUUUCACUGGCAUUAUUGCACUGAUUUGUAAGACCGACCCACUGGAACCCUGAGCAAUAUAUUUUUAUAUAUAUAAUUAAGUAUUGUGUGCAACCUUUAUAUUUAUACAACGUUUAUUAUACAGAUUUAAUAUUUUAACUGUUUGUGAUGAUAAUUUCUUUUAAUAGGAUAAAUUAUUUUAUAUAGAUAUAGGUGUUCAGAUAUAAGUGUAUAAUGUAAUAAUAAUAUAAAAGAUGAAUGAAUGUUGUAAAUUUUUCGCUUUCUCUUUUUAGAUGUCGUGUUUUGGUCAGUGUGUCUUUCAUGUGUUUACGUUGUUAGUGGACGUGGUUUUCCCAUAUUACCUUAGGUAUAACCCAUACUUUCAAGAUACAAAAAUUGACAAUUUAAGAUAGCUUUUAAUCGUUAUAAAAAUCUUAUUUACAUUAGAUCCAAAACAUGAAAUAACACUAUCGUCUAAAAUCUAAAUGUAUAUGACUAUCCAAAUUCUAUAAAGUUUUAAUUUGAUGUGUGUGAUGAUACCUAUUAAUGCUGAUUCUACUGAAAAUAAUAAGUUUAAACUACGGAGAGAUAUUAAUAUAAAUUCGACGCGGGUUUUAGAAGUAUUCUAUUUAAGUAACGUAACGUCCAAGACUGAAGAGUUAGUUGAAUAAGUCUAAGUAAUACCUAUUUAGCAUAAAAUGUCCAUAGGUAAUACGUAAGACAGAGGCCGCCACGCUUGCCCAGCCAGGCUGGGAUGCGCGCCGUGAUAUACUUUAUCGACGUCAAAAUGUAUGGGCAAAAUCGAUAAAAUGGCGUGAUAACCGCUUAUCGUGGCGCGCAUCCUAGGCCUACAGGACUCGACACCUUAACUUGGCACGACCCGGUAAAGGUGACCGUUCACUCUGUCGAAACUCGCGAAUGUUCGCUCUGCCUUCAUAAGUCAACAUAAAGUACGUUCAUUCUGCUCUGAUAUAGCUAAAUCACAUCUGAAAUGUUGAUUACUUAACAGUAUUAUCAAGUAAUAUGUAAAUUGCUAUAGAAAAUUUACAAAAUUAAGCUUUAAAAGCAGAAAGCUAACCAGACUACUACUUUAUCUCCCAACCAACAUAAUGAAUGAAACCCUUAUUAGGAACCUUUUAUAGACAAAAAUAAACAGUUUUUAACACCAGGUCACCUAGAGAAAAUGGGCAAGCGAAUGAUGACGGGUAUUAUUUUAUGUUUAAAAUAAAACAACGCACGUUACAAAUUAAUUAUAAAAACUAAUACAAACAACAUACAACUUAAUUAAGCGACACAACUUCUUUUUCACCGCUCUUGACUGAUAAAUUAGUGAUGUUUUACCACACCUCUGUGAUAAUAAACCAUACUCUUUCGCUCACACGAGUUAUCUUAACUCGUAGCAAAAUUUUAAAGAGCAGACAUAAAUCAAUGAUGUCUGUUUAUUACCAUCUAUCUAGAUGCUGAAAUUCUACACUUCGACUCAGUAGAGUGAACGUUCACCUUUAUCCAAAAUUGAAAAUGUAACUCACUGACGAGUUUUGUGUGACAAUUCUAAUUGAUGCACGUUAGUUGUCACACAAAACUCACGACACGAUAUCAUACGACACGGGUGAUUAGUUCGUGCUAACUACUGGUUUUAGUUAAGUCAAGAUGCACUUUUAAACUCGAUUUAAGGCGAAGUUCUUUUACUAGGAAUUUGCUUCCAAUCCAAAUUUCAAUCAACGAAUGUUUAUAUGUUUUUAUAACCCAGUUUAAAGUACUUUAGACGCGUACGCGUAUGUGAAUAACUCCCUUUGUAUGUAAUGUGUAAUAGUGAAUAACACCUUACUUGAUUAUGAGCACUCGCUGCUAGGUUUGAUGUAUACAAGUUGCUUAAUCUGUUAAUUAUUAAAAUACCUAUCCAUUUCCUUAAUUGCCUGUAUAAAAAAGGUGCAAUCAGCAAGAUUUACAACUGUUAUAAAACACAAAAAAAAAUUGUAAAAAAAAAACUUGGAUAAUAUUUUAGCAACUUGUAUGUCAACAAGAAUAUCAAGCAUAUCAAAAAUUUUCAAUAAUAGUUAAGUUUUUAUUAUAAGAGUUCUAUAAGUUACAUUUUGAAGUUAAGAUAUUUUAUUUGUUUAGGACUAAUUCAAUAGUUGAUAGAUAAUUUUAAUCACUGUUAAAUGUUGUGCACAUUCAUAAGGCGUAGUUAAAUUUUUGAUUAGGGCAAUAAUUUUAUAGUAAUUAACAUUAAUUUAUUAUGAAUCAAUUCAAAAUAUAUUUAUAUUUUUAUU